AUGGUUAAUGGAUCUAUUGUAGUUCGUGAAGUCAAUAUCGAUGAUUUGAAACAUGUUUCUGCUGCUACUCUCGUUGUCAACCAGGCAUACCGUUGUGAAGGAGAAAUUGUGGGAACGAUCAAGAUACAACCUUUAAAAGACACUAAUGAAGCGGAAAUAGGACUCUUUGCAGUCAGUCCUAUUCAUCAGUCACGAGGUGUUGGGGGUCAACUUAUACGAAACUCCCUGUUAACAAUGAUCAAGUUAGGAUUUGAUACAGCCGUGAUUCAGGUACUGGAAAAUCGACCUGAUAUCAUUGCAUGGUAUAGAAAAUUAGGAUUUGAAAACCUAUUAGGGGAACGUAUUCCGUUUGGCUGGCCAGAGAAAAGUUUGGUACAUGAUCUUCAUGUGUUGAUACUAAGAAAGAAGUUAACCCUGAAGUGA